AUGAGAACGAGACGACGUGUACAAGCAUUAAGAAAAUUUGCACAAAACAAACCAAAGACUGACGGUAGCCAUGCAGCCGUCAAGCACGGUCCUUCGAAGGAGGUUAAGAAAGACAGGAUUAUCCAUAAGCACAACCAACUGUCGGCUAAGAGUCUUCUGGACAUCGUGUCAUUCCAAAAUUUACACGGACACUCCCCUGUAGUAUUAGUGGAUCGUUUGAGUCAUAAUUUCGAGACUGGCAGUCAGAAUGGACGAGAGACUGGCAGUAGAGCCACGUCAGUGGGUAGUGGGGUUCACAGACCCUCAGGAGGCCGCGACCUCGCCAAAGGCUGUGACGCGUCUUCAGGGCGAGAAGGAAAAAGAAGUACGACACACAACGACACUCGCGUACUAACUGCUAGAUUGGAAGAACCCAAUCAUAUUAAAGACGACGAUACGAGCUCAAUAGCUGGUUCUUUAAGUGAAAGUUCAAAGGGCAAUCGAGAAGAUGAGCGCCCAAUGAAGGAUUUCAAAGUAAAUAACCAAAACACGACGGCGUUGCAAGCCACACCAGAACGGGGUCCUUCGGCAAGUAUUACUCGUCCAACCACCAAAAGAGCUCUGGCGACAAGACCAACCCCAUCCCGUGCACCGUCUUCAUCGACGUCGAGUCAGGAUGGCGAGUGCUUUAAACGUCGUGAUUUACCAAUAGGAGUCGCUAAAUCGGAUAAAAAGCCAGUACCUAAUCGUCAGCAAACCGAACACAAACAAAAGAGUUAG